CCUGUGGCAGCAGUGACCAGUUAAUGGAGAACACAAAGUGUAAACCAAUCAAGCGUAGGAAGCAACAACGAAUGUGAUUGUCAAUUGGAGGUAAGAAGUAAGCGGAUUUGACGUGUGUGUUGUUUGUUUACUUCCUGACGGUUUUCACGCUUGGGGAUUUAUUUCUUGAAGCACAAUUUCAUCAUGGCAGGCGAGGUAACAGUAGAUGCACUGCCAUACAUUGACCAUGGUUACGACGAGACCGGUGUUCGUGAAGCGGCCCUCGCUAUGGUGGAGGAAGAAUGUCGUCGUUAUCGUCCAACCAAAAACUACCUAGAUCACCUUCCCCUGAACACAUCAUCCUUCGAAACACCUAUGUUAAGCUACGAGUUUGAACGCAUACAAAGCAGAGUUCCCAUGGAAACCCUAAGCAUGAAAAGGUACGAACUUCCACCACCUCCGGCGGGAAGACUCUCCGAGAUAACGGCCUGGGCAGAAUCCGUGGAUAAUUCAAUGGCACAACUUGAACAUCAGGCGGUCCGCGUUCAAAACCUAGAUUUGAUGCUGGAGUACGGAACAGAGUCGUGGAAAGCGUACUUGGAGGUGUUCACGGCGCUAUUGGCCAAGGCCCAGAUCCAAUUGCAAGCACUCAAAAAGGAGAUUCAGGACGUGAAUUGGCAACGAAAACUUGCCCAAACACAGGCCGGUGACAAACUGCGGUCGCUGGAGGCACACUGGGUCAUGCUUGUUUCGAAAAAUUAUGAAAUUGAAGAGGAGUGCGCUGCGUUGGAGAAACAAAUUGAGGAAAUAAAGGCGAAGAUGAAGAAGCGGAAUGAAAGCGCGGAUAACGGAGAUUAGUGGAUUGUUUUUAAAUUGUUUGAUGAGUAAAAUUACCCCUUACA